GUUCUGGAAGACAUUAGGAAGAGAACACCCCUUUUCCUGCAUAUGGGACAUCAUACAGUACUUUUUAACACAUGUUCAUUUGAAUAGGUAGCCCCUCAAAGUCCACUCAGCUCCAGCAUGGCUUCAGCACAUGAUAAAGCAGUUCUACAGGCCAUCUUCAACCCUACCACCCCUUUUGGAGAUGUUCCUGGUUUGAACCAAGAGGAAGAGCUCACAGAUGAUGACAGUUCCUUCGACCCGGUUCUGCUGAAGCAGGUGAAGGAUCUGGAGCUGAAGGGUGUUUCUGCCGCCGAGGCUGGAGACGUGAAGAGAGCACUGCAUCAUUUUAACCAGGCCAUUCAGACACUGCCCUCGAGAGCUUCGGCCUACAACAACCGAGCUCAGGCCAAGCGCCUACAGGGAGACACUAAAGGUGCGAUCGAAGAUUUGGAGCAGGCCAUCUCCCUGAGCAAGGACAAAGGACGCUCAGCCUGCCAGGCACAUGUCCAGCGCGGCCUUCUGCUCAGGCUGGCACGCAGAGACGAGGAGGCCAGGGCUGACUUCGAGCGAGCCGCUGCGCUGGGCAGUGAGUUCGCCCGACAACAGGCUAUUAUUCUGAACCCUUACGCUGCACUGUGCAACCGCAUGCUCUCCGAAGUCAUCGGCAAACUACGCAACCCAGAAGUGCCGGAGAUGCAGUAGAGACAGAGCAACACACUGUGCACUGUAUUACAUACAUUUAUACAUGCUGUAUACAUAAACAUGCAUUUAAAUGGAUAGACAAAUAAAAUAUAUUUGCUAUCUUUUACACUACAAGGGCCUGUGAUGAGCUUACCCUUCCUUAUUUGCAUCAUUACAUAAUUUACAUAUUAAUUUACUGAACAAUUCAUCUAAGGAUUACUAUCUAGAUCAUAAGCAGUUUAAGUGGUUAGCCACUGUGCAUUCACAGUGAUACAUAUAUAAAUUAAAUCUAUGGUGGUCCUAUAUGAGCAGUUCACCCUGAAUUUAUUAAAAGGUUGUGUGUAUCUAAGAACAAAGUACAUGGGGUAAGACCAUUGAAAAUAUUCCUAUUCCUAAAUAUUCUACAUUUGGUUGCAUUACUGUUUAUCCGGCAUGACUCAGUGAAUUUGACAGUUGUACUGCUUGUGUUAGCCACUAGAGGUCACCAAAACAGUGCAUUUUUGCAGUAGCCUGGAAACUACACUCACUAUCUACUAUAGAACACCCAGAAACUCUGACCUUGUACUGCCACCCAGUGGCCACUUUAUGAAGUCCCUCUCAGGCAGUGCAUUCAUGUUUUAGGUAGGCCUGCCAUAUUUAGAGGGGUACAAUUGGUGUACAGUUACAGACUGACCCCAGGACUAUUGUUGACCAGAUAUUAUCUGAACCAUUCUCAGCACAGCUGUGACACUGACAUGGUAGUAGGUGUCACACUCAGGGUCGGAAUGGGAGGUUAGAACAGUUCAACUAGUUUGUCUGUCUGUAUUGACUGCAGUGUAUGAAAGCUGUUAUAUAAACUUGCCUUGCCUGGCCGUC